CGGAAGGUUCUGUAACUAGGCACACGAAAGCAACGUAGUCAUGACGACUCCAAAGCCACUGGUCUUCUACGACCUGGCUGGUAAAGAAGCUGAAAUGCCAUGGUCUCCGAACACGUUCAAGACUAGAUACUGCCUGAGCUACAAGUGCAUUGCGUUCGUCACCAUAUGGGUAGAAUACCCCGACAUCCAGAUGGUCGUCAGAGCUAAAGGCGGCAAGUCGACGCUCAACAUCAACGGACGCAACAUCUGGACCCUGCCCGCCCUCCUCGAUCCCAACACGAGCCUCUUCAUCUCCGGCUCCCUCCAGAUCGCCGAAUACCUCGAGUUUCGGUAUCCCGAUCUCCCGGCGCUAUUCCCCAACGACUCCAUCGCCCUGCAGGUCGUCUUCGCGAAGACGUUCGAUGACAUGAUCGAGCCGCGACUAUCGGCGCUCAACGCGGUCUUGGGCGCGGAAUGGCUGACGUCCGACAGCAAGUGGUUCUUCAUGAAGUCGCGGGCGGAGCGAUUCGGGAAGCCGUGGAAGGAGAUAUGUUCGCUCGGCAGCGAGGAGCGCGACGCGGCAUGGAAGGCGUUCGAGGAGACCCUGGGCCUCGUGGACGAGUGGUACCAGCGGAGCGGCGGGCGGUUUAUCCUGGGCGAUGUGCCGUCGUACGCGGACUUUGCGGUCGCGGCGAGGCUGAAGUGGUUCCAGACGGUGCGGCGCAAGUCGACCGAUCCGGGCGACCCGGUGGAUUGGAAUACGGUGUGUUCGUGGCAUGGGGGUCGAUGGGAGAGGCUGGUGAAGGAUCUGGAUAGGUGUCUGCGUUACUGAGCUGGCUCGGACAGAUUUGUAUAGUUCCAUAUCGUUCGUUGCCUGAUGUAACGUAUUCAAAGAUGAGGUGAAGGUUUUGAGAGUCUAUAUCGCAAGAAACUC